AUGGCCUCACCAGAAACACGCGAAACUUCCAACAAGAAUGAUCCUGCCCCAAGUGGUGCCUCAGAUCCUGAGGCACAGGAAUCAAGGGAGCCAGAGGGAGCCAGAAAAUCAACCCAGUCGGCACGAGUUGUACUUUCCUCUGUUAACGGAGGAGAUCCUGAAACCGACGAAGAGGAGGAUGGCCCAGAGGAAAAUCUCGAUGACGGGGAUUUCUUGAGCGACUUUCCUGAUGAGACAGAGGAACUGGAGCUCUUACAUUCGCGCAUCGGAUCGCUCGCGGGUCUGCGACUCUCCCGCUUCGCGGGCCACCUAAAGAAACUGUGCUUGCGCCAGAACUUCAUAUCACAUCUCGACCCAGAGGUGUUUCAUCAAUUGACGAAGUUAGAGGAGCUGGAUCUGUAUGACAACAAGAUUAAAGGCGUCGGAGAGGCACUCGAUAACCUGUCAGCUCUCAGCGUUCUCGAUCUAUCUUUCAACCUCUUACGAUCCGUACCAGACCGCCUCGAGUUCUUGACCUCUCUCGACACCAUAUACUUCGUGCAGAACAAGAUCUCCAAAAUAUCCGGAUUCACUUCAUGUUCUACACUUCGAAGUCUCGAGCUUGGCGGAAAUCGCAUACGGACGAUUGAAAAUCUAGACGACCUCGUCAAUCUGGAAGAGUUGUGGCUAGGAAAGAACAAAAUUGCUAAACUUGAGGGUCUAGAAAACCUGAAGAAAUUGAAGAUACUUUCAUUGCAGUCUAACAGAAUCACAAAACUGGAAGGUUUGCAGGAGCUUCGUGACCUUGAUCAGCUAUAUCUCAGUCACAACGGCAUCAAACGACUGGAGGGUCUAGAAAACAAUGUGCAACUAACGACCCUCGACGUCGGCAGCAACUUUAUCCCAGCAAUAGAGAAUCUUUCACACCUGAUGAAACUUGAGGAACUUUGGAUGAAUGGAAAUCAAAUACCCGACCUCCAUGCCCUUGAAUCCGAAUUGAAACCAAUUUCGACACUGCAAACCCUCUAUCUUGAAGCAAAUCCCUGCCAAACGAACGAUAUGACAGGGUACAGGCGGAAGAUUAUGCUAGCAUUGCCUCAGCUGAAGCAGAUAGACGCCCUGUACACAAGGGCAGCUGCUCCAUAA